AUGGAGAAUGGAAUUCUGCGAGUAAGAGGCCGUAUUGGAGCAUCCGCCGCACCAAGUGACACGAAGAGACCUGUGAUACUUGAUGGUCGUCACCCAAUCACAAAACUGCUUGUUCUACGGGAGCAUUGCUCUGCGGGACAUGCCAAUAGAGAACGAGUGACCAACGACCUACGCCAACACUAUUGGAUCAUUCACCUUCGACUCACGGUACGAGCCAUAGAAAAGAACUGCGCCUUUUGUCGAAGAAGGCGAGCAAUGCCGACAACCCCAGCAACAGGAGACCUUCCACUUGCUCGCAUGAACCCUUUUCACCGUCCCUUUACCAACUGUGGGGUGGACUACUUCGAGCCAAUGAUGAUCAAGAUAGGGCGCCGGCGAGAGAAGAGGUGGGGUGCACUUUUCACUUGCCUCACGUCACGCGCCGUACACAUCGAGAUCGUCGCGUCACUCUCAACGGACUCAACAAUCAUGGCAUUGAGAAGGAUGGCAGCACGCAGGGGUUGGCCGCGACUCAUGUACUCAGACAACGGCACCAACUUCCGCGGGGCAGACCAAGAACUCCGUCUGGCAUAUAAAGAAUGGCUCCCAAAACUACAAGACGAAGGGUUGCUGCAUCCCCUGGCGCGCCAAACCAAGGCGGCGCGUGGGAGAGGAUGGUAA